CUCUGCUCUUCUUCUUCCCGUUGCAGCUCCCGAAAAACCCCUCAAAGCCGCCGGCACCAGCCUUGAGGAAACCGGUGAGAGAGCUUGGUUUUUGGCCUUCUUUUCUUGCUCUAGAACGUAAAUUGAACCCAGAAACCUUCCCCCAUGUUGGAAAAUCCGGAUCUGCCUUGCUCUGUCCGCUGGCUGCUCUUGUUGUGGGGGCCGAAUUUCUCUGAUUUUGGGAUUUCUUCUUCCAUGCUGCCGGCUCUUCCCCCAAACUGCAGUCCGAUUGUGCUAGGAAAAUUAUGCACAUGUCGACAUGUUAUUGAUAGAAUCGGUUCGUUCAACCCUGCUAGUGGGGGUUAUACACCAGCAAAUAGUGUAGCCUGCCAAUGGGAAGUUUAAUACACUAGUCAUGACCUAUAGAGGAGGCGUCUAUUUCAUUCUCGUACUGUAUCCGUUUUCGUGAUUACACUUGUUGGCAUGCUAUAAGUUUAAUAAGGGGCAAUCCAUAUU